AUGUCCCACCCUAUCAACAAAUUCCAACCAUUCCCCAAUUUCUACGUCUACCGACCAGGUUACAUGGUAGUUCCUCUAAUUCCCCUCGAUGAACUACCUUCCUGGAUCCAAGUCGGCGAUUUCGACUGGGGCGAUAGCUCGCUCUACGAGGCUAUGCUUCCCGCUAGCUUUAACUGUUUCCCCCGAAUAGGCGAAUACGACGUGAUUUGCCAUCAUUGCUACAAAAACGUCGACAGCUACCAUCGCAGUGUGUCUGAGCGGAGUGAUAGCAAUGCCUCUUCUCGGGCCUCUGAUCUUCCCAAGGGGCUUGCUGCUCAAUUGCCUGCGAAUUCUAUCUUGUUGGAUCCAUCCUUUAAGCUUGAGCAGCCGCCGUUUGGGGCAAGCUUAAAUGUUAGUCCGUUUGUUGGAUUGUGCUUCUCUUCUCGGAAAAGACUGCGAGAGUGCUUCCAGCCCAAACAGCCUCGUCCUCCUGGGUCUUCUGGUGGUGGGCAGCCUCUUGGGACUACUGGUGAUGGGCAGCCCUCUGGGACUACUGGUGGUGGACAGCCCUCUGGGACUACUGGUGGUGGACAGCCUCCUGAAUCUACUGGUGGUGGGCAGCCUCUUGGGACUACUGGUGGUGGACAGCCUCCUGAAUCUUCUGGUGGUGGACAGCCUCCUGAAUCUACUGGUGGUGGGCAGCCCUCUGGGACUACUGGUGGUGGACAGCCUCCUGAAUCUACUGGUGGUGGGCAGCCUCUUGGGACUACUGGUGGUGGACAGCCUCCUGAAUCUACUGGUGGUGGGCAGCCCUCUGAGACUACUGGUGAUGGGCAGCGUCCUGAACCUACUAGUGAUGAACAGCGUCCUGAACCCACUAGUGAUGAGCAGCGUCCUGGGCAUCCUCCACCUGCGAAUACUCCUGAAAAUUUUCCUGUCGAUCAUCCUGCGGAAUCCCCCAACCCUUCUGCAAUCCCGCCUCUGAAUUCGCCACCAGAGUCUCCAGAUCAUUCGAACCCUUCUCUGCCAGGGGAGGAGGGAACUCGUCUAGUGAGUAUGUCUCAUUCAGACCAAGGACAUCGGGCAAGCCAAGCGUCUCAGGCAUUCCAAGAGAACGGGACUCACCAGACGGGCGAGGGAAUUCGGGCCUUUAUGAGAUAUCUAAACAGACAGGGAGAUCAUCCCGCACCGGAAACCGCAAUCACUGAGUCAUCAUCCAUUCACGCAGUACCAAUUACCGGGACAGACCGUCCAGCUGAAGCAGAACAGGAAGGAGAAGCACCUCCCCGGAACCAUGUAAACGGAGCCACUCCUGUAGAUACGCCAGGCCAUGCAGCUUCUGUAUCUGCAUCUGUGGAACAUACUCAACCUCAGGCGAAUGGAGGAGGUGAAGCUGCGACUUCAGGAGACAGUGGAAACAUCUCCUUUCGGAGGAGGCGUGCGCGGCAUCGAGAUGGACUGAAUCGCCGAGGUCAGUUGUUCGAAGACGACGUGUCUGCCCCAGAAAUGGAGAUUGGUCGUAUUGAUUCUGUUGGCAGCCUUCUGCCUCUUGGGCAGAUUCAACCUCGCCAGGAUCGGCAACGGCAAUACCACGAGGAUCAAAUCCGUAGUGAUUUGGAACGCGGCGUUAAGACACCAGACGACAUCCUCGGGGAGACAUGUACGGGGCAGGGAGGUAUCCCAGAAGGCGUUGAUGGGGAUGCAGAAGAUAAGGGUGCUGAGGACCAUCCAGAGGCCGGUGAUGAUGACGAAGAUGAGGGUGAGGAUGAGGAGGAUGCGGUAGAGGAAGAUUAG